GAUAGAGGAGACAUUGCUGUCCAGGAUCAUACAGAAACCAAAACUGUUCUAGAGAAUCGCACAUCAAAAUAAGACUGGUCAUUUCUGCAUCGGGAAGUUACUAUUCGUCACUUUGAGUUGUUGGACAUGCCACCUCAAAUGGAUUAUUAUUGUGAAGAAUCCCGCGUCCCGUCUUCAUGCGGACUGAUGAGCCAAGAGGCCGGGUUGGAGAGGGAGCCAGCGGCUAUCAGCUGUAUGCUGGUGGGGGACGGGGCGGUGGGCAAGACCAGCAUGAUAGUCAGUUAUACCACAAAUGGAUACCCCACGGAAUACAAACAGACCGGCUUUGAUGUCUUUUGUGGUCAAGUCCAAGUAGAAGGAGCCCCGGUUAGAAUACAACUAUUGGACACAGCUGGACAGGAGGUGUGUGAUGAAUUCCGCUCCCUCUCCUACUCCCACACGGACGUCUUCCUGCUCUGCUUCAGUGUGGUCAACCCCACCUCCUUCCACAAUGUCACCAAAAAGUGGAUCCCAGAGAUCCGAGCCUGCAACCCCUCAGCUCCCAUCAUCCUCGUGGGCACCCAGUCCGACCUCCUGCUGGACGUCAACGUCCUGAUUAACCUGGACCGUUGCCGGGUCAAACCGGUGCUGACCAAUCGGGCGCAGAGCAUGGCGGUGAAGAUCAGAGCGGCGGACUAUGUGGAGUGUUCUUCGUUGACGCAGAAGAACUUAAAAGAGGCGUUCGACGCGGCCAUCUUUGCUGCCAUCAAACACAAGGCCAGGAAGGAGAAGAAGAGGCGGCUGUCGGACAGACGCAGCAAGGCCUUCUCUAAAUGCAGCUGGAAGAAGUUAUUCUGUUUUAUCUGAGAUACAGACCCCAUUGGUCACAGACAGAAAGACUAUUAUUUAUUAACUUAUGAAGAAUUUGUAAGAGCAAUGGAACUUUAGGAUUAUCCAGCAGUGCUGAAUGAACUGAGCUCUAUGGACAUAUAAAACGGUUUAGUUCUCUCCUGGUCUGGAGACAGUAGUAUAGAUACCGAGGCUCGCUCUGCCAAUAAUCUGUGGUUGGGUGUCUGGUCUGCUCUGAGCAGGCUCUCUCUCUCUCCUUAACUCUUUCUCUGUGGAUUGAGUUUGCUUUGAUUAGUGAUUUACAUUGAUCAGAACAAAAGCAGGGGACAUUAGCAUGUCUGAUUGUUCAGGUUGACAGAUAGUCACUAUCCAAAAGUCUGUUAAGUACGCCUACAAGGUUUUAGGUAACCAAGUGAGAAGCGAAAGAAUAGAGAGAAUAUUAAAACCAUGUACAUCACAAGCAUCCUGUCAGUGGGACAAGGCCGUCGUGUAAAUGUUAUGAACUCAUUUGCACGGUCUGGAUUGGUGCCCAUUCCAACCUGAGAUUUUACUCCCCUUGACUGUACGGUAGUACCGUGUAGCUCAGUUGGUAGAGCGUGGCGCUUGCACCGCCAGGGUUGUGGGUUGGAUUCCCACGGGGGACCAGUGGGGUGUGAGUGGGUUGAGAGAGAGAGAGAGAGAGAAGACCGUUGUUAGCCUUUUCUCCUUUGUGUUCUGUGCUGCCGAAGCCACACAGACCCAGACCUAUUCAUAUGCAACCGUGUAUGUAGGCUGAAGUCACAGCGCUAGGCUAGGUGCUAACUUCUUCACUGUGUGUGAACUGGGAAUGGCUCACAGGCCUAUGUGUUGAUUAUAGUAUUAGGCUUUGAUGUAAUGAGUGGUCAGUAUCAACACUAGCCUGUGACAAAGUGUAGAGUAGUAAGGAGACUUACACUGGCCCAGUCCCCAGCCCAGUCUCCAGCCCAGUCCCCAGCCCAGCAGAAACCUAGCCCAGUCCCCAGCCCAGCAGAAACCUAGCCCAGUCCCCAGCCCAGCAGAAACCCAGCCCAGCAGAAACCCAGCCCAGCAGAAGCCCAGCCCAGCCACCCUCCAGUCCCCAGCCCAGCAGAAAGCCAGCCCAGCCACCCUCCAGUGAAUGAAACACUCCUGUCUGUCUCUGAUUCUCUGUUAGUUGACGCUGACCACACUACCGUGUCUAUCUCCAGACAAAUCAGUCUGCCCAAUCUAUAGGAUACCAUGUGGUACAUUAUAGGAGGCUUAGUAGAACCUGUUUGAAUAUUACCGCUCACUUUAAAUAGCUUGCGCCGGCUGGUUCUGUGUUGUUUUGUAAAGUGACGUUAUUGCCAGACCGAUGGUUGGUGACAGUCAGUCCUAGCUGGUUUAUAGAUAUGAGGGUUGGUACCCAGGCUAGAUGUGUGUUGGUACCCAGGCUAGAUGUGUGUUGGUACCCAGGCUAGAUGUGUGUUGGUACCCAGGCUAGAUGUGUGUUGGUACCCAGGCUAGAUGUGUGUUGGCACCCAGGCUAGAUGUGUGUUGGUACCCAGGCUAGAUGUGUGUUGGCACCCAGGCUAGAUGUGUGUUGGUACCCAGGCUAGAUGUGUGUUGGCACCCAGGCUAGAUGUGUGUUGGUACCCAGGCUAGAUGUUUUUUAUACUUCUUGUGGAAGAGUGAAUGUACAUUUGAAAUCUAUUUCUGUUUGUUUAAAACAGUUCAUUCAAAUGUAAUUGUUUUUGCCUGCAAUUUUACAGAUCUGUGAACAAGUUGUUCUGUUUUUGUGAAUGGGUGUAUUCGUCACUAAUCUCAAAACCAACCCCUCUGUCACUAGUGUCUACUCUAUCAUUGCUGUGUUUGAAUGAAGUGAUGGAAAUCAAUUCUGGAGAAGAACAACAACAACAACAAAAAAAUCUAUGUAUAUUUUUUUGUCAAAAUGUAUCGCUGCUACAUUUGAAUAAAAUAACACAUGUAUAUUGA